CAAAACUUUAACCUUGGUCAUAACUUUUGCAAUAUUCAAGAUAGCAACUUGAUAUUUGGCAUGCAUGUGUAUCUCAUGGAGCUGCAUAUUUUGAGUGCACCGGAGACUACACCGAAUGUCUUCAAAUUGAUACUGAAGCUCUCUUAUGGCAAUACGGAUAAUCUCAACUAUACAUGGCCCCAUUACCAACCCUGGGGUGCCCCGCCCACAUUGGCCACGCCCACAUAGACCACGCCCACCCAAAAUUGCCUUUUACUAUAAUUUCUUCAUUUCUACACCGAUUCACUUCAAAUUGAUACUGAACCUCUCUUAUGACAUUAUGGUUAAUCUCAACUAUGCAUGGCCCCAUAACCAACCCUGGGGCACCCGCCCACAUAGGCCACGCCCACCCAAAAUUUCCUUUUACUAUAAUAUCUUCAUUUCUACACCGAUUCACAUCUAAUUGAUACCGAACUUCUCUUAUGACAAUACGUUCAAUCUCAACUAUGCAUAAAACCAUUACCAACCCUGGGGGAGCCCUGGGUCAAACAUGCGGCGUGGGGAUACACGUCGGCCUCAACCGCGCCAUUUCUAGUUUAUAUUUUUGAAAUCACCCAUAUUUGUGUAAAGUUUGGAGAAAAAUCAAGAAAAACAUAUUUUAACAAUGAAAUACAUUUAAGUUGUUUGAUGAUAUUUUCAUGUAUUUCAACGUUUCCAAUGUCCAGAUAAAUACCCUAUUUGUACCCAUUGAAAACCUUUAAAACUUUAAUUUUGCAUUGUUAUUUUGUGUUGGGCUUGAAGAAAAAAGAUUGACCUGUAAUGCAAAUGUUUACAUUAUAUCUCGCAAUCAUAACAAUUGUAGUGGUGACCGGGUUUUAUCAUUAUUAUAUGAUUAUUAGUGCUUGUGGUCAUAUUUCAGAUGCCCAGGGGCCUUUAUGGUUGGGUUAGUGAGGGGUGCUCCCUCCCUUCCUUAAUUGAUUUUUAGCUCCACUGGCCAAAGGCCAGCGAGGCGUAUGUCAUAGUCCUGUGUCCGUCAUGCGUGCGUCCGUCCGUGCCUGCGUGCGUCCUUGUCCUUAACUGUAGGAUCUAGGGCUACCACAUUUUGUAUGUAGUGAGAUAUAGUAGUUCUCUAUGUGUCCAAUAAUUAUGUUGAUGAAGGUGGCAGUGGUAAUGACUUGAUAUGUCUGUGAGAUAUGAAUGCCAAAGUCUUCGUUUUACAUGACAUGAAUUUUUAUGUAAAAGUGGUGGUUCUUCAUAAAUUCUACAUGUUCUUUUCAAAUGAUGACCUCUACAAAGUUGUUCCAGGAGUACCAUAUUGCCUGACAAUCUUUUGUUUUAUUGUUAACUUAAACUGUACUUGAUUCUAGCAUGCCACUAUACUUCUUUGAAGUAAUUUGAGCAAAUUUCUCACUGUUUAGUAAUGUAUACAUUGUUUAAGGUACAUUAUAAUUUCACAUUUUGUAGGUGGACUUCAAUAUGUAUGAUCUACUUAUGCUGCCACAAUGUAAAGGCAACAAUCACUGGGUUUUGCUGUUUGCAAGUGUUAUGUCCAGGACUGUAACCAUUUACGACUCGUUGGGUGGUAACAACAAGGCAUUGUUCGAUUUGUUCUGCCAGUUCAUGUGUCAACGAGCGCAAAUUGUGAACGAUGGCUUGGAAAAAAUUCAGUUCAGAGUUCAAAGCGCCACCUUGCAACAAACAGCGCCAUGGAAACAGCUGUGGAGUGUUUGCAUUGAUGACUGCCAAAUGUAUGGUCAUGAAAAAGCAUCCCACAAUGUUGCGACAGGCAAAUGAUUCAGCUUAUCAAGACUAGUCGUGAGACGCAGACUUCUGAUUCAUGGAGUGCGGCAAACAAAUCUGUGUUACUCGAUCACUCCACUGUAAAGACCCGCACGGCAUUAAAAUGGAUAUUAUCAAUAUGUGUUGUUGCUCGAAAAUAUGUUUUGUAGCAGGAAGUGCUUUGGGCUCGAUUAAUCUGAGAACUCAACAAAAUAUUAAUAAAAUCCUUCUGUGCCUUUUAGUUCUGAAAACAGAAGUAGCCAGUUGGUAUUACACAUCUCCUAAACAAGUACAGCACAAUAAAACUGAAGGUUUUAAAUCCUACAUUUUUAUAACAUCUUUAUAUCCACACAAAAAUAUUGAUGAUUGUGGUGCUCAGAUUGCAAAACCACCUGUUUGGCAAAAAUAAUGCAGAUGGUUAGAUUAUGAUAAGUGCAACAAAAAAAGAAUAACUCUGGAGAUAAUAAUUGAUAUGAUAAUCAUUGCUUGACAGAAUCACAAUUGACCUAGAUAUUUAUUUAUGUAGUGGUGUAUUUUUCAAUGAGUGCCUUAAGAUUCCAAAAACAUAUUGACUUAAAAUAAAUAAUCCCGAUGGCGUAAA